AGCAUGCUUCGGUCACUAGGUGGCACUGUUGCCCAACAAGCCGCUGAAAGGGAGCCUGGGGCCUUCCGACCCUAACUCCAGAGGUUCAGGUCAACAUUCUGGCGCUUCCCACAUCGUUCAUCACGCUCUCAUCUCAGAACCAGAAACCAGCUAAAUGGAGGGAACACUGGGUCCCACCCAAGAACAAAAACGUUUCCUAUUGGUAGUGUUCAGAUCUCUUGGGAGACCAUCUCUGUCAGCUGCUCUAUGAUGGUUUUAGUCUUUAAAGAACUCGCUGCUCUCAAGGCACCUGGGAGAAUCGGUUGGUUGGUCAUCCGACUCUCGGUUUUGGCUCAGGUCACGGUCUCAGGGUUGUGGGAUUGAGCUUCUUGUCAGGCUCCAUGCUCAUCGGGGAAUCCGGGUUUUUUCUCUCUGCGCAUGCAUGUUACCUCUCAAAUCUUAAAAAAAAAAAACAACCACUCACUUCUCACACUUGGCUCUUUGCUCAGAGGAGGUUCCUCUGCACCUUCAAAUCCGGGUUCAUCCCACACCAGCUGCCUCCACUGAGCCGCCUAAAGUUCAACCCCAGCAUCAAAGUCCUGUACCCGAGGUGCUCGGUGGGGGUACUGUGUCUGCCCUGGCCCCCCUUCAGUUGGCCCCACUGUCACCAGAAAAGGUCGGUGAUGACAUUGCCAAGGCAGCCAGUGAUUGGAAGGGCCUGAGAAUGACAAACUUGAGGACAGGCCCAGAUCCAGGCGGGACCUGUUGCUGCUGUCCCGAUAAGCAGAGUCUCAAGGAACCCCCAAGAGACGGAAGCAGAAAAACAUUAAGCCCAGUCCAAAUUACCACUUUUGAUUUAUCAACAUUGCCUGACAGAUACAGCCCCAGUCUCGAGCUAGAGAGUUCUCUGGAACCAUUAAAGAGGUCCUGGAGACUGCCCAGUCCGUGGGCUGUGGUGCAGCAGGGUGCCCAGCUGGUUGAGAACUACCAAGGAACAUCCUUCAAUAAAGGAUCAUUUGACAACCCAAAAAACCCCUCACAGCUCAACUGAAAGCUUUCUAAUUACACUUGGACAUGGUUGCAGCAAGCUAUUUCUAAAACCCUGGACUGGGGUGGGAGUAAAACUUCCUCUUUUGCUCCAACAGCGCAGCUUUCUGAGCUAGGAAGCUGCUGAGGCCAGCAACUGGCUGUACUUCCUGCUGCCUUGACUUUGCAUAAGCUGGCUUUCCCGGGGGUAUCUUCCACCGGCCCCUUCCUCUAUCUGGGCAGCAAGGUCAGAAAUCCUCAUCUCCACGGGCCAUUCUGCUGCUCUUGGGUGCAACUGACACUCUUCGGGCUCUAUUCCCUCCGGCCCCAAACGAUUCUCUCUGGGAAGCCUCGAUUCCUGCCGGGAGCCAGCAGGGAGCAUCAGGCCUCUGCUCUACCAAAGCUGACCUCCCAGUGCAGGCGAUGGGACCCUCCAGGGUCACAUUUGAGUGGGGAUUUGACGGGCGUGACCCUUGGGUUACUCGGGGUGAGCCAGAAUGUCACACAGAGGGACAGAGGGGAGGCGGCAGGUUGGAAGCCUUAAGCCCUGGAGGCGUGGGGCCAGGAGGUUGUGAAUGACCAGGGGCCAGUUCUGGUUCAGCUGUUGCCUCGGGCGGCUCGAAGGUUUACGUGUUUGGAAAUAGAGGCCCUAAGGAAACACUUAAGGAAGCUGUUUGCCUCGGGGUCUUCUUCAAGGAUCUACUUGUUGGUGAUAAGGGACCUCCCGGGCUGGAGCUCCCUUGAACUUCCAGCUUCCUAAAUCACCUGGAUCCAAUCCUUUCAGCUGCACGGCUCUUCCUCCCGACAGCACAGUGACGUGCCAUGGCCCAAAGCCCCCCGCACCCCCCAACUCUGUGACAGGCUGGAGAUGGGAGGUGACUUCCUCCUGGGGACUCUGGGUGCAGAGAACAUGAGUUGGUGACUUCCCUAGUUCGAACUGAGCUGCUUCCCUCCAGACGAGGGGACGCUCCGUGUGGUGGUGGGACCCCGGCCGGCUCCUCCCUUGCUUCCUGUGCUCCCCGGGAACAAAGGUGGGGCCACAAACGGGAGCCCUGGGCAGCCUGCUGGCUGUUCGCUUCCUGCACCCAGCGUGGGCCCUCCCUGGGGAGGGGCUGAGCCCGCCCUGCUCAUGAUAAGGCGCAAGGGCUGCCCUCCGAAGAAAGCUCCAAAGAGAAAGCAAAGGGGGAAGGAAGCACUCACUGAGCUGCAGGUGUUUAGACUGAGGCCAGGAGUGGCUGACACUCCAACCCCUCCGCACUGCAGCCCCCAAACCCUUACAGGCAAGGUCACCACAGGGCCACUUCUACUUGAACGUGGGCAGCCUACAGGGCCCCGGCCCCCUGCCCGCCGUGCCUCCUUCCCAGCCUCCGGAGAGCCGCCACAGCCAUGGCGGGGAUGAAGACGGCCACCGGCGACUACAUCGACUCGUCCUGGGAGCUGCGGGUGUUCGUGGGAGAGGAGGACCCGGAGGCCGAGUCUGUCACCCUCCGGGUCACGGGGGAGUCGCACAUCGGCGGGGUGCUCCUGAAGGUCGUGGAGGAGAUUAAGCGCAAGCAGGACUGGUCGGACCACGCCAUUUGGUGGGAGCAGAAAAGACAAUGGCUGCUGCAGACGCACUGGACGCUGGACAAGUAUGGCAUCCUGGCCGACGCCCGCCUCUUCUUCGGGCCCCAGCACCGGCCCAUCAUCCUGCGGCUGCCUAACCGCCGGGCCCUGCGCCUGCGAGCCAGCUUCUCCCAGCCCCUCUUCCAGGCCGUGGCCGCCAUCUGCCGCCUCCUCAGUAUCCGGCACCCUGAGGAGCUGUCUCUGCUCCGGGCUCCUGAGAAGAAGGAGAAGAAGAAGAAGGAGAAGGAGCCGGAAGAGGAGUUGUAUGACUUGACCAAGGUCGUCCUGGCUGGGGGCGUGGCACCUGCAUUGUUCCGGGGGAUGCCAGCCCACUUCUCAGACAGCGCCCAGACCGAAGCCUGCUACCACAUGCUGAGCCGGCCGCAGCCGCCGCCGGACCCCCUCUUGCUCCAGCGCCUGCCUCGGCCCAGUUCCCUGUUGGACAAGACCCAGCUCCACAGCAGGUGGCUGGACUCCUCGCGGUGCCUCAUGCAGCAGGGGAUCAAGGCCGGGGACAUGCUCUGGCUGCGCUUUAAGUACUACAGCUUCUUCGACCUGGAUCCCAAGACAGACCCGGUGCGGCUGACCCAGCUGUAUGAGCAGGCCCGGUGGGACCUGCUGCUGGAGGAGACCGACUGCACUGAGGAGGAGAUGAUGGUGUUCGCAGCCCUGCAGUACCACAUCAACAAGCUGUCCCAGAGCGGGGAGGUGGGCGAACCAAGUGGCACAGACCGGGGGCUGGACGACCUGGAUGCAGCCCUGAACAACCUGGAGGUGAAGCUGGAGGGGUCGGCAUCCACGGAUGUGCUGGACAACCUCACCACCAUCCCGGAACUCAAGGACCAUCUCCGGAUCUUCCGGCCCCGGAAGCUAACCCUAAAGGGGUACCGCCAGCACUGGGUGGUGUUCAAGGAGACCACCCUGUCCUACUACAAGAGCCAGGAUGAGGCCCCGGGGGACCCCAUUCAGCAGCUCAACCUCAAGGGCUGCGAGGUGGUCCCCGAUGUCAAUGUCUCAGGCCAGAAGUUCUGCAUCAAACUCCUAGUACCCUCCCCUGAGGGCAUGAGUGAGAUCUACCUGCGGUGCCAGGAUGAGAAGCAGUACGCCCACUGGAUGGCCGGCUGCCGACUGGCGUCUAAGGGCCGCACCAUGGCGGACAGCAGCUACACCAGCGAAGUGCAGGCCAUUCUGGCCUUCCUCAGCCUGCAGCGGACAGGGGGCGGGGGCUCAGGCAACCACCCCCAGGGCCCUGACGCCUCUGCCGAGGGCCUCAACCCCUACGGCCUUGUUGCCCCCCGCUUCCAGCGGAAGUUCAAGGCCAAGCAGCUCACCCCCCGGAUCCUGGAAGCCCACCAGAACGUGGCCCAGCUUUCACUGUCUGAGGCCCAGCUGCGCUUCAUCCAGGCCUGGCAGUCCCUGCCCGACUUCGGCAUCUCCUAUGUGGUGGUCAGGUUCAAGGGCAGCAGGAAGGAUGAGAUCCUGGGCAUCGCCAACAACAGACUGAUCCGCAUCGACUUGGCCGUGGGCGACGUGGUCAAGACCUGGCGCUUCAACAACAUGCGCCAGUGGAAUGUCAACUGGGACAUCCAGCAGGUGGCCAUCGAGUUUGAUGAGCACAUCAACGUGGCCUUCAGCUGCGUGUCGGCCAGCUGCCGCAUCGUGCACGAGUACAUCGGGGGCUACAUUUUCCUGUCGACGCGGGAGCGGGCCCGCGGAGAAGAGCUGGAUGAGGAUCUCUUCCUGCAGCUCACAGGAGGCCAUGAGGCCUUCUGAGGCCUGUCUUAGCGCCCCCACUUUGCUCACUACCUGCUAUGGUCACGCCUAAGCCCACACCCCCUCCAGACAUGCACCGAGCUGGGCACAUUCACCUGCUGUCCCUGGUUUUGUGCAGACCAGGGACCUAACCGGGCCAGACUCUGCCAUCUCCCAGGCUAGGGAGGGUGGGUUACGAGCUCGUACAAUGCCCGCCCUUCCCUUGUCCGAGUGGCCAGGACCAACACCACUGACCCAGCUAGAGUUCCUGAGCACAUGAGGACAACUGGCUGUAGCUACGGGAUGAUGAUAAUUCAUGGUUUCAAACUGGAGCUUCUUUUUUAUGUUUUUACAUUUUUAAAAAUAAAUAUUUUAUUGUUGGAUCA